UGUUGACAGCCACUGUAUUUGUCAACAACAGAUGGCGUAGUAAACAGGAAUUUGUUUACAUUUAUCAACCAAAUAUAAAUCAAAAAAUUAUUUACUUAAAAAAUAUUUAAAGCAAGAAAUUCAACAAUGGUUAAACGAGAAGAUCAUAAAGAACACAGGCGUAGCAAGAAAACUAAACAUGCGACUGCUUCACCAAACCUUAACAAAACUACGACUUCCUCACCAUCUUUAAAAGAAGAAAUAAUAUACGAUGCUGAAAUGAUUGACGUGGUUGAUGUAGUUGACCACGAGCAGGAAGUCGCCAACACGACAAUCUCGUCAGCGCCCAGCACCCCAACGCCUACCACACCUGUACUUACACCACCAAAGGCAAGCACCAGCAAAAAUGCGUCUAGCAGCAGUAAAAAGUUAGCUUCGAAACAACAGACAACAACUGCUGCUAGCACCAGUAGCUCACCAGCAGCAUCGACAACACCCGGCGCUAAUCCAAAUGCAGCAAACAACAAGAAGUCCAAGAAGAGGCGCGAUAGUAGCACCUCUAGCGAAGAGGAGCGCUGGUUGACAGCGAUCGAGUCGGGUAAAUUAGAAGAAAUGGACGAUGAACUGAAAAAAAUGAAAGAUCCAAAAUUGAUGACGGCACGUCAACGCGCCAUGUACGAACGUAAUACAGAUAAGGAGCCUUCUCCUGGCGGAGAAUUACUUAUGUCGUUACCGAAUGGUUAUCGCGAAAAAGAAAAACCGCUAACGGCAGAAGAUAUACAAAAAGCUCAGCUCAAAUCACAAAAACGCAAGCAACUUGCUGAUGAGAAACGUGAAAAGGACAAAAAGAAAACCAUGGAACGUUUACUCAAAAAGCAAGAAAGUAAACAACGCAAUGCAACACGAAAUAAAACGACAAAAACAACUCAACCAAUGAUUACAUAUCGCAAUACAUUAGAUGGUGCCUACAUACACUUACCAGCUGAGCAUGAAUUUCCACUGCCACCACAAGCGCCGCGCUCACCACCUAAAGUACAAUUGUGUGGCAUAACUGGUUGCGAUAACCCAAAGGUAUAUAAUUGCUCCAAAACAAAUAUGCCGCUGUGCAGCUUUGCUUGCUAUCGCAAAAACGUGCAAAAUAUUAGACAAAUAAUGUGCUAA